GCCAGCAGCCUACUACUCCACCUGCAGGCCGGCAGCCUACUACUCCACCUGCAGGCCAGCAGCCUACUACUCCACCUGCUGGCCGCAGCCUACUACUCCACCUGCAGGCCAGCAGCCUACUACUCCACCUGCAGGCCAGCAGCCUACUACUCCACCUGCUGGCCAGCAGCCUACUACUCCACCUGCAGGCCCAGCAGCCUACUACUCCACCUGCAGGCCAGCAGCCUACUACUCCACCUGCAGGCCAGCAGCCUACUACUCCACCUGCAGGCCAGCAGCCUACUACUCCACCUCCAGGCCUGCAGGCCACUCCAGCCAGCACUACUCCUCCACCUGCAGGCCAGCAGCCUACUACUCCACCUGCAGGCCAGCAGCCUACUACUCCACCUGCAGGCCAGCAGCCUACUACUCCACCUGCAGGCCAGCAGCCUACUACUCCACCUGCAGGCCAGCAGCCUACUACUCCACUGCUGGCCGGCAGCCUACUACUCUACUCCACCUGCUGGCCAGCAGCCUACUACUCCACCUGCAGGCCAGCAGCCUACUACUCCACCUGCAGGCCAGCAGCCUACUACUCCACCUGCAGGCCAGCAGCCUACUACUCCACCUGCUGGCCAGCAGCCUACUACUCCACCUGCAGGCCAGCAGCCUACUACUCCACCUGCAGGCCAGCAGCCUACUACUCCACCUGCAGGCCAGCAGCCUACUACUCCACCUGCUGGCCGGCAGCCUACCUACCUGCAGGCCAGCAGCCUACUACUCCACCUGCUGGCCGGCAGCCUACUACUACUCCACCUGCUGGCCGGCAGCCUACUACUCCACCUGCUGGCCAGCAGCCUACUACUCCACCUGCUGGCCAGCAGCCUACUACUCCACCUGCUGGCCAGCAGCCUCUACUCCACCUGCAGGCCGGGGCUCUGUGGCCAGGUAGUGGAACAAGGAGUUAA